AUGAGCGGCACAGGCAGCACUGGCACGCAGUCCGUGCCCCCUGGGCCCCGCGGGCGCGGCGGGGGCAGCAAGACGCUAUGGGGCGGCAUUGCAGUCGUCGCUGCGGGCGGCCUCGCGUUCUACUACUCGCUCGCGUCGCACCAGGAGAGCAAGGAGCAGCGCGACCCGUCCACGGGCGGGCAGGUGCCUACGUGGGAGUAUCGUAUCCAGCAGGCGCAGGCGCCGCCGACGGGGCCCGCGGAGAACCCGGCGACGCUGAGGAGCCAGGAACGGGAGAAGGAGCCGCCGAAGGGAGAGAAGACGUAGUCGGCCGAAGACGUGGGGGUCAGCAGGGCGGGAUGUGAAUCGCGCUAGCCACACGACCGCACCUGUGAAGGAUUGUGUACUCCCUUCCCGCUCGCAGCCAAUCACGUUUAGCCAUCCCGGAAUAGAAAGGCACCUACUGAAUGCAGCCACGAUCGCGAUCCUGGCCUGCGAUCCCAGCGCGGACGCCGUCAUUCCGAGGAUGCGCCAGCCACCCCCG